GCCCUUUUUCAGUCAAACAUCGUCUGCACGAUUCAAAAUCCAGUACGUGAUACGAUAAUGGCAUCUUGCACUGAUAUUUGUCGUAAUAUUCUAUUAGAACGAAUGGUUUUUAACAAUCAUUCUAGUAUUUCAGUUCCUGAUGAAUUUUUAGAACACAAGAAUUACGUUUUUAAUUUACUUAAAAGCACGGUGCAAAAUGGAGAAAACAAUUCAGCUCUCCUAAUUGGACCGAGAGGAAGUGGGAAAACCUUGUUGAUCAACAGUGUGCUGGCUGAACUGGAAGCUGUCUGUGACUUUGAGAAAGAUUAUGUUGUCAUUAAGUUGCAUGGCUUCUUCCAAACUGAUGAUCGGAUAGCCAUUCAAGAAAUCACUCGCCAACUAUUUUUAGAGGAGGAAGCAGCUGGCAGAGCAUUUGGCUCAUUUUCAGAGAAUCUAAAUUUUCUUCUGAAUUCCUUGAAGAUGGCUGACAGGAAAAAAGCAAAAUCCAUCAUUUUUAUAAUGGACGAAUUUGAUCAGUUUUGUCAGCAUAAAAAUCAAACUUUAUUAUACAAUCUAUUUGAUGUUUGCCAAUCUGCUCAAGCGCCAAUGGCUGUCAUUGGAUUGACAUGUAGAAUGGAUGCCAUUUCUUUGUUUGAAAAGAGAGUGAGGUCUAGGUUCUCUCAUCGACAAAUUUAUUUGUUUGUGAAACCUGAUUUCACGAGAUACACGGAAACGUUUGUCAAUUUACUUCAGUUGGUGCGUGCUCCUCCCGGAUUAAAACCCAUAUACGUUCGCAGCUGGGACAAGUCUAUUAAGGAUCUUGCACAAGAUCCAUUAGUCGAAGGCACACUCAAGAAACUAUUCAACCUCAAUCCGAAACUCCGUCUUCUGCAAAACAUAUUGCUGGUGGCAGUAUGUCGCCUGGGCAAGAAUCAUCCUUUCCUCUCAUCCAAGGACAUUGUCAGCGCCAUCGAGUCUCAAACUACGGAUUGCAAAACAUUACAACUCCAGGGCUUAUCUGUCCUCGAACUGCAGUUGUUACUCUGCAUGAAAUACUUGGAUAAAAUUUACUUUGGUGAACCUUGCAAUUACGAAAUGGCCUUUUACGAGUAUACCAAGCAAAUGAAAAGCAGUUCGAUGCAGAAAUUCGACCGGCAAAUCGCGAUGAAGGCAAUGGAACACCUCGAGACUUUGGAGCUGAUCCGGCCCGUUGAGGGGGUUUCUUGCUCGAAGGUUCAGAAAGAAUUUGUUGUUUACCAUAUUCUCAUCACGUCAGAGCAGUUAACAGCUGCUCUCUCCAAGUAUCCCAAUCUUCCCACCGAAGUGAAACAGUUGGCAGACACGUGCCUCUGAGAAAACAUUCCAAUGCCACGGCAUGAUGCGUAAUAAAGUUCUCCCAAGUCCAUUGUGUUUUUCAAGGUGUAUCAUUUGUGAAUCUGCCGAGACAAGAGAAAACAGAAAUAAAAGCCAAACACACA